AUGAAGACUAUUAAAAAUCGCCUUGCAACGCCACCAGACGGAAAAGUCAUAACCGCACAUACGCGGGGCUCACAUCACAAGCUCGAAAUCCACACUUCCGCAGGAUUCCCUCAACUCAAAUCCAAGGAUUCCAAGAAUUCAAAUUUCAAGACGCCCUUUUACCCUUAUAUGCCAACCAGAACACAAUUAAGCCCUGAAAGCGUAAAUGGCGCCCACACAGAGGCCGGCGGCAAUGGAGGCAAUGGAACCGGUGCGGGCAAAGCCGAUAAUCCCGCCACAAGAUGUCAGAACGGACAGGGCAGCAGCCGAGUUGUGGACACUUUGAGAGGAAAGCUGUUGGAGUGGGUGUUAACUGCUAUAUAA